AUGUUUGCGAACAAGCGGCAAUGCUUCUGGCUUACAUGGAUUCACAACGGGAGGUUUCUUUUGAAAAAGAGGACUGGAGACAACAUCCUGGUAAUGUUCUACAACUAUAGAUUCCAUUUGAGACUAAGGAAAAAUGAGAUGUUCUCAUUAGAAGCGAUUUUGAACAUACGACGAGCCAAAGUGCAAACGAAUUUUGCAUGGUCUGAACUACCUAGUUACCAAGCAGCCUUUUGCAUAUUACAUUUUUCAGAGUUCAUCUAUUUUAAACUGCCCUAUACAUACUUGAAAAUGAGUGAUGCAGUGCCAUGCUUUGCAGCAAUUUAUCUGAUGGCAUGUGCUAAAUUACUUAGAUUGGCUAAAACCAGUUAGCGCGUUGUUAGGCGUAAUACAUCAUAAUGUACCCAGGAACUUUCAGAGAGGGUAAAAGCUGAUGAAGAUUGAAUGUGUUUCAAGCAUUUCAAAUCCCUUGAAACAAAACAGAAAUUAGUGUCAAAGAAUGCUUAUUUAAGAGUUGAUGCAAGCCAACAGGCCUAGUUAGCAACAUACAUAUUGACACUCCAGUCCUAAAUACACUGCCAACAAUCCAGCACAGAGCUAUAGACAAGCACAAAACCCAUCAAUUUAGACUCGAAGUGCCUGAAAGCAACCAUGGCUAUUAUGUGGAAGUGCAAUUCACUGACUGCUGAAACCUACUUCCAAGGAGGGAUGCUACAGAUUGUGGCCUAUGUAACAUCAUUGUGGCGUUUGUCUCCUAGGUGAUAUCAUGCUGGGUCAUAAGGAAAGGGUUAAAUGAGUGUGAAGUGAUUGGCCAGUAGGAACCCACAGGAGGAGUUAGAGUUAGAGUUGUUAAGGAGUCAGUCGGGUGUUAGAGAAGAGAGAGGGAGGAUAAGUCUGUGGGUUGGGAUAGUUUGAUGUGAGAUAGUGAGGGAAUCUGUUAAGAGGAGUCAGAUAGACAGUUGGGAUAACCAGUUAGAAGUUAUUAGGAAGGUAUAGGCUGGUAAAGAAACUAAGAUUAAGAAACUGACAAGAAAAAUUAUCUGAAACCAUAAACUUGUUAAUGCUUAUAAAAUAAACUUGUGUACCCGAGAGAAACGGGUUGGUGGCAGCGGGGAAGCAAUCACAGUGGUGGCAAAGGGAUCAAUAGACCGCCAAACGUCUGGGGACCCUGUGUGAUCAUAAAGUACCCAUCACUCCGUUGUUGUUGUUGUUGUUGUUGUUAAAUAUUUAUAUAUAUCCUGCCUUUUCCCCUGAUUGGACUCAAGGCAGCAGUUGAGGGUGACAGACAACAACCAAUUAUCUGAAGAAAGGAUCCCUGGAAAGCAAAAGCCAAUUUAUUUAUAUAUACCUCCAUAAAAGUCUCAAUAGACCUCCUUUUCCAAAUUUUGUUUAAAAUACACACACAAACCAGUUCUCUACACCCUUUAUCUGUUCUGAUUGUGCAAAUAAUAAAAAGGACUGACUAACCCUGACAGGAGACUGAAAAUAGCAUCAAUACACAGAUGAAUUGCAAGCCCUGCUUUGCAGCUAUUCCAAGACUGAAGUUUCAACAUUCAAUUGCAUCCCCAACACCGUAUCCUGUUGGCAUAUUUGUAAGGAACACAAGUCUACUUCUGUGCAGAGACACUUGGCACUCUGCUUUGAUCUUCCUGCAGUAGAUUUUCUUGCUGAGGAAGGAGCUACAAUUGCACACUUUCCAUAGCAUCAAAGCCCCUGUCCUUUUCAGCUACUCUCUGAUGAACAGGAAGGGACCCAGAGGGUGAGGUGAAAUUUGGCUGCGGGUGAUCUCUGGCUCACAAGCCGGAAGGGGGAGGAAUGUGAUGCAGUUCACAUAUAAAGGUGGAGCUGCCUAGUUUGCACCUUGUGAAUCAAUACGAGAACUGAAACACCACCGACUUUUGAAAUGUGUGCUUCUCUGAAUUUUGCAGAGCAGUUUUUUUGAGCAACAUGAUUAACACAAAUGCAUAUGCUAGCGUCAAGUGUGUAUAUGAAUGCAUAUAAGAGCAUAUAAAAGAUUAAAAUGCACAAUAUUUUUAAAAAAUGUGUGUUGUAGGCAAAAUUGCACAAAACACAUUGAGAGAAAUUCAUACUACAAUGCUGAUGAAAUUCCAUGAAAAUUUUGCAUAUUAAAAAAAAAUGGAGUGAGGGGCUGCUGAGCACCCAUUAUACAUGCUUCAUGUGUAAAUAUUCAGAGUAUGCACAUGCUCUAAAUAUUUCAUAAAAAAUACCUUCAGGUGAGGAUAAUAUUGCAAACUCAACUGUAUUCCAGCGAGAACACAAAUACUUCACAAACACCCCUUUCCUUUCCUUUUGUGCAAGCAAUACAGAGGUAAAAACCCAUGAGUAUGUUUUUUAAAAGAUACAUGCAUCGUCUGUGUGUGUGUGUGUGCUCGCGCGCACUUGAAAUAGGUAUAGGACACUAAUUAUAUGUGCAACUGGGAGUGAAAGCAAAUCUACAGGAUUUCAUAUGGAUCCGUUACUGAAACAAAGAUAGCAAUAAGCCCAAAUGCCCUUACUAAGUUUACAAAGCUGAGGUAUGGCAGUUCAGAGAGCACUUCUGCGUUCAUUGUAAAGAGAUGAAGUGAGAUCAGGUUGCGUGCAUAUGCUAGGGCUUCAGAGGACCAAGGAUGGUAUUCAACUAUAUAUUACUCAAAGUAGACCCACUGAAACUAAAGAACGUUUUAAGUUAGGCCCAUUAAUUUCAACUGGUCUGCUAUGGGUAAAAUUUAGUUGAAUGCCACCCCAACUCUCUACUUCUUCAAAAGGCUCCUAUUUGUAUGUUCCUGAAACUAAUAGCCAUUGUCCGCAUACAGCAUUUCUUGCAGACCCUUUCUGAACAGCUCUUGUACUAGAUGUAGGGAUGUACUAAAAUGUAGUAAUUCUAGGGAAAUGAUUUUUAUUUUGAAAUUUGUUGCUACAUUUCUAUCCCACCUUUUCCUCCCCCAUUCCCUUUUGAUUUUACACCAACUCUGUAAGGGAGGCUAGGCUGAGGGAGUGUGACUGGUUCAAAUUCACCAGGAUGAGCUACAUGGAAGAGCAGGGAUUUGAACCCUCAUCCUCCUGGAUCUUAGUCCAACACUCUAACCACCAUGCCACAACUGCCUAAUAAUUUCAGCCACUGUGUAUUUCUGAUAGUAACCUACUUUGCUAUAUAUAAGCAAGCACUCCCAUUCUAGAGCAAGUUUCCUUCUCUCUUAAAAUGCUUAUAUCUCAGCAUGACUGCAGAAAGGAAGGGGGGGGAACAUGUAUGCUGUUGAGGAAGUUUGAUUUGCCCCUAGCCUGCCUCGUUAUGUUGCUGAAAGCCAAUGCACAAACUGACAGAAGCUUUUUCAAUUGAAAGCAAGUCAAUACUGCCUUACAUCUUUGUCUGGUGGCUGACACUUCAUUCCAAAUUAUUGUAUAUCAAUGUGACAUGCCUAAAUGAAAUGAGAUUGCAACAGCCUCCAGAGGUUUUAAAGGCUAUGCAAAUAUUUUCCUGUUAAGAACCUUGCUGUAAAUGUAGUUUGUGUGUUUGUGUGUGUCCAUGUGUGUGUCCACCCCCCUGCAAUACAAUCUCAUAUGGGAACUCUUACAAACUAUAUUUUUUAUUAUAUACCUGAGAGAGAUUGGGGGUGGGGGUGAGAGGGCUGUCAGCAUAGCAAACAACACUAUCAAGCCACACGUAAGUGCAUGAUUUUACCAGAAGAUGCGAGUUAGGAGGCACUGAAAAUCCUGGCCAAAUGUUUUUUUGACUGGGCCUGCAUAAUAUAUUGUCCUCUACUCAUUUUUCUUCUUCUCUUUUUCCUAAUAGAAAAGAGCCCAUUUCUACUUGCCUCCCCUCAGUUUAUUUUGUUAAGCUAUUAACAUUUAUUUUUUAUAGAAGGUCUGUCAAAGGAGCAUGCUGGUAUUAUUCCAAAGGCCAAUCUCCUUAGCAACUCCUUUGUCUUCAUCAGUAUACCUUGAUACAGUCCUGUCACUAAGAGAAUUUUCAUUUUGCUCUGGUGGAAUAUAAUUGUUGAUUCCUGAAUCUGAAGAAAGCUGGUAAUGCUGGCCAUGAAAAGAAAUAGCAGAUUAAGCUAAUUGUGAAUUAACAGUGUUAUAUAGUGAAACAUGCAACAGUAUAUAAUACUAAACCAUGAUUUGUUAAACUAUGAUUUAUUAAAGCAUGGCUUUGUUUUAUGUGUGAACUUAGUCCAGCGGCUUAACUAGGGUUUAUUAACUAGCGUUAAGCAUCACUGGUUAAACAGGGUUUGUAGCUGGUUUAUAAACUUUAGUUAAUGUUAACCAAAGCUUAGUGUUACAUGCAAUCCCGUACCUCCUCCUUAACUACAGCUACAGAGCUGUCACUGCCUUAGAAUGUAGCAAAAAUUUCAAACAAGAUGAUUCUCCACAUUGUUGUUCACAUGAAUAAUUCCUCAUAUUGCUUAUUUAUUUGUCUGCAUAUGCUUUGCCUUUCUACCCUUCAAUAUACUUCAUACACAAAUAUAUAGUCACAAGAACAAAAAGGCAAAGGAUAGAAAAUCAGUAUGUUUAUUGCACAUGGCUAAUAAAGUUAUUAUUAAAAAAUACAAUCAAAAUCCUUUUAAAUUGCCAUGGAUUUUGGAGUUUGGACUGGAAAAUGGAAGUUUUGUUUGAGUCUUGAAUUUUUGGAAGCUGGCACUCCUAAAGGACUUGUCUUUCACUUGAACUUUCCCCCCCUUAUCUGUGACUUCUGACUGUCCAGGUGGGAAUUAACAGAACUCACGGAACACCACAGAGAAUAAAAAUGCACUUAAAAUAGCCCCUGUUCCUUCCUUCAAUAAAAUAGUCUCUGAAGAACCAGGCAGCACAUGAACUAUUGUGGAAUGCAGAACAGCUGCUGUGUUCACUACAGAGUCCCUGAGCUGAUUGUAUCUAAGCUUAUUAUUGCAAAGCGCUAUGGGACACCGUGACUAUCAAAGGAGCCACUUAAAAGAAAAUUCUGCUCUAGUCCAUAAAUAAAAUUGCCAACUUAACAAUGUAACUUGCAGUAUAGUUUCCUGCAGAAGUUUUCUUUACAGCACUACUGUUGGGAGUUUAUACUGCCAUUAAAAUCCACUAUCUGUUCAGUUCAACCAAUGUUCCACUGACAUAUGAUAUGCUAUAUUAUGUUACAUCAUAUUAUUGUAGAAUCAUAGGGUUGGAGGUCCUCUAGUUCAGUCCUAUUCUCGGUGCAUUAUCUACAUUGUGUGGGAUACAACUGCGGUACCUCUGACCAGUCACUAGCUAGCUGCUAUUUAAAUGCUCCCAGUGAAGGAAAUGUUUCCACCAACUCCUGAGACAUCCUGUUCCAUUAUCAGACAGCUCUUACUGUUAGAGAGUUUUCCUGAAUGUUUACCCAAAAAUCUCCUGCCUUCCCAUUUCCACUCAUUAUUUCUAGUCCUACUUUCUGGACCAUUCUGAUCCAUCUCCUACAUGACACACCUCACAAGUGCUCCUCAAUCUUCCCUUCUCCAUGCUAAGCAUACCAAACUAUUUCAACUGUUCCUCAUAGGGUUUCCAGGCCCCUCCCUAUCUAACUGGAUAGUGGACAUCUUCUGCUUGGUCAAUGUCACUCUUAAAAUGUGGUGCUCAGAACAGGACACAGUAUUCCAGAUCUGGUCUGAGCAGUGCAGAACAGGAUGGAACUAUUACUUCUUGUCAUUAUAUAGAAUUAUUUCAUUCCUUUUCUUAGGAUAGAUUAGACAAGUAGUUUAGAAGAUCAACAUCUCAAGAACCUACAUGCACCUCGUGUUUCAAGUUGUGUAGUUUUGGGCUACACCAAUAUAUGGUAAAUCUAAGAGGAUAAUACAAUCACAAGUUAUGCUCAUCUUCUUGUGUGUCAACAGAACCCCCAAGAAAUGUAGCACAGUUGUGUCAGUAUUACAUGAUACCAUCACAACCGUUACAGUGGCUGGCAUGGGGCAAGCCACAAAAAUGGGUGCAAUCUGGGUAUUCAAAGAGAGGAGGACUUAGCCAGGAAUCAAUACUUUCUCUGAGAUCAGAGGCACUCCAAUACUGAUGUAACAUGAUACCUGCAAUGUCUGGGAGUGCCCAGAUGACAGCCUCACAUCCUCCUCCACCUCUUUCCACAGUUACAAUGAAAGAUAACAUUGUGGCCAAUCAUGUAGCAGAAGAACAUGCUAACUGAUGUCUCUGCUAUCUGGUUCUGGGUUCAUUGAGCAGAUCCCAUAGCAUUGUAUAGUUUGGGGGGGGGGAAUGGGUGCAUUUUCCUAGCAGAAGUGUGUCAAUAGGAAGCCCCACUGAUCCCAUUAGCCUAUGGCUGCUUCUUCUUACCUUUCUGCCUCCAUGUGAUUCAAAUCGGCUCCUCAGAUCUUCCAAAGGGAUAUCAAAGCGCUCUAUCUUGCGACGGAUGCCUGGAGGCCCUUCCUUGUACACCUCAGGGGAGGGGUUGUUUUUGGCCAUGGUUCUGGGUGGCUCGACAGCAGUGAUUUUAAUCCUGAAGUCAGCUGUGAAUGCUCACUUCCUGCUUUCCUCCUGCAGAGUCCCCAAUUUCCUCCACUAUCCAAGGCUGUUAUUUCAGCUAAGAGUCAGCAAUCACUCUCCUCUCAUCUGGAUCUUGUGAACAUCAGCAACAGAGGACUACAGUGGAACUGCACAACACUUGGGGAGCCAGUCCUUUGUAUAUCUUCAGUUCCGUAUGAAGCAUGCAAGAUGCCUUCAGAAGCAGAUAUUUGGGCAGCACCAGGGUGA